CUCUCGCUGCGGCAAUGGUUCAACCCGCUGAGAGUGAGAAAGACAGGGAGCACAAAGGAAGCAGCGCGCAUACCGUUCGUUUAGGAGGAAGAUAAUUGGGUUCGUGAUGUAAACAUGGAAUAAUAAAAAAAAAAAAAACCGCAAGGCUGCAUUUAUUUUUCACAUUGCGCUGGUCCAUUAUCGGUGUUCAAUAUUACAUGAGGCUCUGGCUAUGAACCACGUAUCUGCCUGGUCAAGGAAAGAGAGGCAGCAAGUGAGAAAUUGAAGCCAAGAGUGGAGGAGAGGAAAGAGGAGUUGAGCAUUCUUUCAUCUUCGCUUCAGGGUUUAUCUGGAGUUUGUCGCUGGCUUUGGACCGAACCCGCUUCAGUAAGACGUGAUGUCGGGUUUUGAAGCUGACCAAACCGACAAGUGAAGAUUUUGAUUUUUUUUUCAUAUGUUUUUUUUUUUCUUUUUGAAUAUAAAAUGACAAAAGGAAAACACGCCAAUGUGUUGCAUUUCUGAGACACGUCUCCAUGGGUGAGGCCCACUGACUCGGAAAUUCUUACACACCCCCUCCAUCCCUUCCCCCUAUCCCCUGCUUUCAUUUAAAUCCUGUCUCCUCCACUUCAGUCACCAUGACUUCCACCAGCCAGCUGUUUGGUUUGGCUGGGGUGGGGCUUAGGUGUGACCAGGAGAUUGAGAGGAGAUAUGAGAUUGUGCCCUCGGUGGUCUGCUCCAUGUGCUGCCUCUUCGGAAUCAUCUACUGCUUCUUUGGCUAUCGAUGCUUCAAGGCAGUGUUGUUUCUAACAGGCCUAAUGUUUGGCUCUGUGGUCAUCUUCAUGCUGUGCUACAAGGAGAGGGUGAUGGACACUCAGCUGAGUGUAGAGGCGUCCGUGGGCAUUGGCCUGGGCAUUGGGACCCUGUGUGGUCUGGUGACUAUGCUGGUUCGCAGUGUGGGACUGUUCAUGGUGGGCCUGCUGCUGGGCCUGCUGGUUGGAGUUGCAUCACUGGUGGUCAUGGAGGAGUUCUACCAUCCCAGAACAGUAUGGGUUCCUCUGGGUAUUCUUUUGGGUUCUGGGACACUAUUUGCUGUCCUCACGCUACAGUGGCAGCGCUGCUUUGUUACUCUCUCCACUGCCACAUUUGGCUCUGCUAUCAUAACUGUCACCGUGGAUUAUUUUAUAGAGCUGUUUGCCUUGGUACACUACGUUUAUGAGAGACUCAGGGUAAGCACGUAUCCAUAUAAGCCAGUGUGCUGGUUUACUUGGGUUAUCUUGGGGGUGUGGCCUGUCCUGGCACUUCUCGGAGUGCUGAUUCAGUGGAAAGUCACUGCAGAGGGAUUUUCUCACACAGAGGUGGUUUUGAGUCGACAGCAGCGGAAGGUCCAGCUCAUGCGGAUCCGACAGAGAGAAGAGAGGCUGAAAAAGGAGAAGGAAAACAAAAAGAAGAAAAAGAGACAGAGCCAGAGGACAGGACAUAAGCAGAAGACCCAUUCUCAUCACAACCACCAGCAGUACCACCACCCAGCAGCAUCCCACCCUCAUCACCAAACUCAGAGCUCUCAGCCUCCUAAAGUCCCUCCUCCUCCUCAGACUGAGCCCGGCUACCACCGCAAAGCCAACUCCAAAAGGCGCUUUGAUGGAGAUGUGCUGUCUCCGAGCUACAUCAGGAGUUUCAGGGACAGACAGACAGACAGACGGGCGUACUCCCACAGUAGAAUGAUGAGCCGGUCUCGGAUGGCUGAACUUGACUAUGACUGCGGCUCUCAGGUGCCUCUCACAGCGCCCAGUGGACCCCCGGUUCGCAUCUGAGGCAGUUAAUUGCACAGAUCCAAACACACACACACACACACACACACACACAUGCACAGACACACAAUCACAGGCUACUUCAAGACUCAGAGAUAAGGAUAGGAAACCUAACCUUACCGUGCCAACCUAAUCAACUGCCCAUUAAGCCAACAGGAGCUUGAAGUGUUCCAAAGGUGGUGUGAUCCGCGCUGCUUUUCUCCUCUCAGUAUUUUUUUGGGCUGUUUUGUUCUUUGUAAUGUCUAAGAACAGCAGCUGUUCGCUUGGAUGGUGCAAGAAUUAUGAACUUUGUAUGUUAUAUUUGGCUUCUCUGUCACUGUACUUACAGGAAAACACUGGAAACAAGUGGAACCAUCUUAUGCACAAGUAAACUGUUGAGCAUUUGAUUGGAAGAUUUAUAUUGCUUCCUUCAAGCCAUACAAAGUAAUUCCCAGUGAGAGCGUCCAGGGAAGAAAAGUCACAAUGCUGCACUCUACAGGAGAGCAACACCGUGUUAGAUAAAAUUGCAUCCCAUGGCUUUCAUCAAGUUAAAGUAACAGAACACUUUACUCCAAAGGUAAUUAAAGGAUAAAACAAUUUGCUUUAAGACAGCAUCUGCUGUGAAAAAACAAAAAAGACUGAGAAACAACAUAAAAAAUCACAGCAAACUCAUUUAAAAGGUCAUUCUUGAAGUCUGCAUUUCAUCUUUGGUGACAGCUUGUAAAUUCUAACGUGGCAGCAUAAGGCCUCUGCUGCUUCAACAUGCAGAAGGUGACAAGUUUAGGUGUGAAUUGUAUUAAACAGUUUACACCAAAGACAAUGUUUGUGUUAUUUUGCUUGUCAGUUAAAUGUGUCAUUGCCUGCGCUGUUGCAAUUUUUUGAGGAGAAUGUGCUCACAUCUCAUCACUUUCCUUGUAUCCUUUAUUGCCGACCGUUCCGAGUACAGACCUGAGCAGGAUACCCGUCUACCGGCUCUUCUUUCCUCUCUCCACUAAACAACAUCAUUUCUGUAAGCUUCUAUUUAUCAACAGUGUUCUUGUGUCCCUUUUUGCGUUUUUCCACAAAACAAUUGGACUUCCGUUAAAGACAAAUAACUGCUGCCUGAUACUGAUCAUUAUGGAAUUUUAAUGAUGUAGUGCAAUCUGAGAAUGGUAGGCAACAGUAAAAAAAAUUUAAAAUAGUGUGUUUUUGUGUGCAAGUGGACACAUGAGCCCUGUGGCAAAUGAUGGAACAUACCAAAUACUGGCCAAGGAGAGGGGGGAGUCAUUUUAAUGUAUGCAUGGCAUGCUGUGCAUACAUUACAUACCCUCUUCUUUCCCAGGUGGCUGUUCUGACUGAAAAUGUUAUGAAAAGGUUUGAAUGAAAUGUUAAGUGAUAAAAUAAAUAGAGGGGGUCAAAAAUAAGUCUCAUCUUUUUUUUUUUUUUUUUUUAAGAUGAGAACUGUGAGAAUAAAUGUAUCUGCAAGUGGCGCCCUCUGAUGUUUACUCCUGGACCUUUUUUCUGGACUUUCUAUGUGUGUGUGUGUGUGUGUGUGUGUGUGUGUCUGUACAUAUGGUUAAUGUGUACAUUUGUGUGUUACUGACUUUGAAAUUGAAAUAAGUUCCUUACAUUAAUAUUGUUAUACUAAACAUUGAGUAAAGGAGAAGGAUUUGUUUAAAUACAGAUGGAGACGGUUUAUUUUUUCUUUUUUCUUUUUUUUUCUUUUUUUAAAUAAACCUCUCUGGAAUUGAAUGCUAUUACUACAGUUCAAUAUAAAAGGUCUCAAAUGAAAGACCCGGCAGUCUGAAAGAAAAGAAAUUAACUGAAAUUCCACUUCAAAAUAGCUAAUUUAACUCUGUGGUUUACUAUAGAUUGUUAUUUCUGAGGUUCAGGCACACAAAACAAUCCCACUGCACAUGAAUUCUAAAAUGAAACUUGAGGUAUAAAAGUUAGUGCCUGGAUUCUGCAAAAUUUAGAGUUCUUUGCGGCUUGAGGACCAGUGAUUUUUUUCAUAUGCACAUUACUACAUGUGAAUCAUUGUGUAUAUCUUUCUAAUUUGCUGUUGCCGUGUCACAGCUCUCACAUUUACAGUUUGGUCCCUGGCUGAAUUAUGAAAAACACAGGUCUAGAAAUCCCUCUCCUCCAGUUCUCUUCUGUCUUUAAAGGGCUUGGAAAGGCAUUUGAAGCACCCCCCCCCCCCCCCCUUUUUUUUUCUCAUAUGUAUUAUGCCUGUUACAUCAGCUUCUGAUGUGCUGUUUACUGUUACUAAAUGUUGUUUCAGAGUUGUGGCAGUAUGAGUGUUAUUUUGGUUUUCUGCCUACACUUCAGUCCUGGUUUAGUCUGCUUUUGUGUUUUUACUGUAGUACUGCUGAACCUUCAUUAGUAUUGCAAACAAAAUGGUAAUUCUAAAAUAAACAUUGCCCUCCUCUUGCUUGUAAUUUGGGGACAAAAUGAAUCAUCUUCCACUGACCUUUUUUUUCACAUUGUUUUUCUUAUUUCUAAUAUUUUCUGUGAUUUAAUAUUAAAUUCUCUUGGGAAAUCUUUUGAUUGUAGAUACUGACCUGUAAAUAAUUUCUAAAUGUACAAACGUUUGGCUCCAUUUCAUGUUUGCACCAUGGUCAUGUGUGUAAUUUAUGCAGGUCAUUACUUUCUAAUGGAGUAGACCUGUUAUAUUGUGAUUCUACUGUAUGUCCAAUUUGCUUUGAUUUGGCUGAGUGGUGGAUGCACUUCUCAUCCUGGUGUUUCAAAUGUUUCAUGUUAAAAAUUAGUAGACAAACUGAGCCUGGAUUCUGAUUUGUCCUUUUUGUAUCACCCAAUCGAAAUCUGUAUAAACCACCUGGUUAUUAUUAUUAUUAUUAUUAGAUUCUUGUUCAUGUCCAAUAUGAUCCUGAGUUCAUUCCUUGAACUUCAAGAUAUCAUAAGGGUGUGAUGGGCUAUUUAUUAUUAUUAUUAUUAUGUUAUUAAGCAUGGAUUUCUAUA